GACUCGGCGUGGUGCCGCGCCGCGUGGCACUCCGUCGGUAACGACGACCGGUGUGCAGUGUCGGUGCCGACGAAACGCGGAAGUGGUAGAAACUUCAAGAACGAACUGUCAACUGGGAUUGUACAUAAAAGGUCAGCUGUGCGGAUCAAAUAAAAGAACCCGAGAAGCGGAAAUAGAGCAAGACGUGUAGGUGACGGGAAUCGUCGCAUGCCCAGAAAGCAGGCAACCAUGACAUCAGACACCAAUCCCAGCAAGAACUCUGGCUCCGCUACCAGUGGAAAGAAGCGAGGCAAGAAUGCCAAAGGCGGCGCCGGCAAGGCAGCUAACAAGACGGUCUCGUUCAGUGCCAAUCCCGAUCCACCAGCCCAAGCGCCGGUGAAUGGGGCUUCAAACGGAGACGCUCCCGUACCUGCGCCUAAUCCGGCCUCGACAGAGACUGCUGGUGAUGUGACCUCUAGUGCUUCUGAUCCUGGAGACGCCACUGCGACAGCCUCGCCUUCUGCUGGAUCCAGUGAUGGUGCUGCUCCCUCUGACGGUGCUGGAGACGCUGCCGGUUCCCUUGACGAACCAGGGCAGGUCACGGAGGCAGACAAAAUGGCCAUCGCAAAGGCUGGAUACAAACGUCUCUGUAGUGAUGCCACACUACAGACCAAGAAGGACGGCUACUUUCGAACAUUCGACUCGCAGGUGCUACAGAGUAUUCCCGAGGAGAAGUUUGAAGAGUUCAAAAAACUUACGACAGACAUGGAAAGAAUUUUCUUCGUUUGGAACGUUCCGACGGUACAUUCUACAGUUACGGUGAAGCCGUUCUCUCGGAAGAAGUCCGCCACGCACGCCGAGCGGGAGAAGGAGUGCGGGAACCGCCACUUCAAGGAGAAAAAGUACCGCCAGGCCGUGUGUAGCUACAGCCAGACCGUGGUACGGGCGCCGCAGCCCGGCGAUCCAGACGCUGGCGACAUCCUCAGCGUGGGCUACGCGAACCGCUCGGCGGCUCUGCUGCACAUGGGAGAGUUUCGGCUGUGCCUGCAGGACAUUGAAGCAGCGCUGGGUGCCGGCUACCCCGCCCGGCUGCGGUACAAGCUGCUCGACCGGCGCGCCACCUGCCAGCUGAAACUCGGGCAUGUAACAGCGGCCCGGGAAACUCUUAAAGAGUUGCCCGAGGCAUUAAAAGAAGCUGAUCUGGACUCAAAGAAGAGGGAAGUCUGGGAAAAGGAUGUGCAAAAGAAAGCUGAAUCCGCAGCGAAGAUGCAAGAUUUCAAGCCAAUUAUGCUGCAGCAGGAGGAGGAGCUGCCCGCCCUGGAGUCCCGUAGCGACCAUUUCCUCAGCGCCAGCUCAGCAGUGGACGUGACCUACAGCCCGGGGGAGGGACGGUUCGCCGUGGCCGCUCGAGAUGUCAAACCUGGAGAUCUACUGGUGGUGGAAAAACCGCACGCGUCCGUACUUAUGGCGGAGAAAACCGGAACGCACUGCAUUCAUUGCUUGAAGAGGGUCCUGGCUGCGUUUCCGUGCCGCGAGUGCAGCGGGGUGAUGUUCUGCAGUCCGGCGUGCGCGGCGGCCGCCGAGCCCUAUCACCGCUGGGAGUGCUCCAUUCAGGACGUGCUGCAGGCCUCCGGCAUGUCCCCACUCUGCCACCUGGCGCUGAGAAUCAUCACCAAACACGGACUCGAGUUUUUCCAGAAGCUACGUCCGGAGCUGGAGCGUGCCCGCGCGCCGGGGGACCGUCCCAGCACGGACAGCGCCGGAAAGCAGUACGACCCGGACAACUACCUGUCCGUCCACCAGCUGGUGACGCUGUCCGAGCUCCGCAAACCGGAGGACUUCUUCCACCGUACACUGAUGGCCGUGCUGCUGCUCAAACACCUCCGCGUGGCCGGCUUCUUCGGGGAGGUGACCGAGGAUGACCCGGCGGACCGUGCGCUGAGCUCCGACGAGCUGCUGGUGGGCUCUCUGCUGCUGCACCACCUCCAACUUCUGCAGUUUAACGCGCACGAGGUCGGCGAAUACGUCAUGAUGGAGCCCGGCCAAUUCAAACAGAGCCGCAGCGUCUACAUCGGCGUGGCCGUCUACCCGACCGUGUCGUUCUUCAACCACAGCUGCGAGGGAGGCGUCUCCAGGUGUUUUGUCGGCGAUACGCUGGUUGUGCACUCGGUUAUGCCAGUGGCUGCUGGCCAGCCCAUCUUUGAGAACUACGGGCCCAUCUACUCUCACAAGGCAAAGCCGGACCGACAGCACUGGCUCAGCUCCCGAUACUGGUUCGACUGUCGCUGCGUGGCCUGUGAAGAGAACUGGCCCGACUACGACCAGUACGACAUCAACACGGUCCUCCUGAGGUGCACUGGCUGCGGUGCCGGCAUCGAAAACGACGCCUCAGGCAAAGAUCCGGUUGGCGACUGUCCAAAGUGUGGUAAGAAGAACAACGCAGUGGAGCUGUUCCGGCAGCUGCGCGGUGCCCAGGAGAACUAUCACUCGGCCAUGAACAUGAUGCACGAAGGCGAGCCGAAGAAGGCACUGCGCCUGUUCUACCGGUUCAUCGAGCAGUGUCAGGAGCUGGUGGUGCGACCCAACCGCGACCUCAGUCUCUGUCAGGAGGCGGCCAGAAUGUGUCUGGCUGCUCAGGGCAGCCUGCACUGCAUCCGCCAGAAGAAAACCAAUGUCGCCUGAGAUCACCUUCGAUCGGUGCACCGUAUGAUUGCAUUCACUGAGUAGCUAGCAAGGACGGGCAGUGGUGUGUCCAAAGUGUGAAUUAAGCUUUACUGUGGUAGUGUUUUUGUGAUUGCUUCCCUUGGUGCUAUGAAUGAAAGGGAAAUUUGGU